UCAAUUUUGAUGUUCUCUUCUCAUUUAAGCACACGAGAAUAUAGAGAGUAAUCAUCCUACUGGGGCAAGGAUUUGUGAAAUCUCAUAUCCCCUCUUAAGGUUGAUAUAUAUUUUUUUUGAUCGCCUAGGGUUAAAGCUUGAGCGGGGCGUGAUGCAGGAUAAAUUUCUCAGAUUGACUGCAACGUUAUACAAGGUGGCAUGCUUAAAACAAAACAACAAAACAACAAAAAAAGGCGCAUUCCUACGUUGUGCUAGGCCAGCAUAUAUGAUAUAAUACAUGUAACAAUAGAGUGUGGGCCCAUGAUUAGGCGAGUGGCCAAUGUUAUUAUAUAACCAGGAGCAUCGAAGCAGUUAGCAAAACCCAAUUAAGCUAUGGCUUCUCCUCUGCUUCCAUCUGUAACCACCUCCAUCGCUUCUUUCCGCCCAGCUUUGUUCCCUAGCAAGUCCCAAACCAAUUGUUUAGUUGGAAAUGGAAGGCACUGCUUUGCAGUAGGUGGAUCUAGACUACUCCUACUGCCAUGCAAAGCAAACCAUGGUGAUCACAACAACCCUAGCAGCAACAACCAAGACGAGGUCACUAGUAGUCCUGAGGGAAAAUUUGACAGGAGAGAUGUGCUGUUUGGUCUAGGAGCUGGAGGGCUGUACGGGGCGGCAGCGGCUGGUCUUGACUUGAACCGGUUCUCCUUGGCCGCCCCAAUUCCAGCGCCGGACAUAAACAGCUGCUCCCUGACCACCGAGGACCUAAAGGGACUCGACUGUUGCCCCAAAAAAAGCGAUAUAAUCUACAAUUUCCAGCUACCCGAAUCGCCACCAGCAGUGCUACGCACCAGGCCUGCCGCUCAUAAUGCCGCAUACCACCAAGCGUAUGUAGCCAAAUACAAACUGGCCAUUGAGCGCAUGAAGGGCCUUCACAAGGACGACCCACGUAACUUCUGGAACCAAGCUAAUGUGCAUUGCGCCUACUGUGAGGGCUCAUAUCACUACACCAUGCCUACAAAACAUGGCAUUAUAGACGGGAUUCUAAAAGAAAUACAAGUUCACUCCUCGUGGCUAUUCUAUCCCUUCCACCGCUGGUACUUGUAUUUCUACGAGAGAAUCCUUGCCGACCUUAUUCAAGACCCAACUUUCGCUUUGCCCUUCUGGAACUGGGACGCUCCUGACGGCAUGUACAUGCCAGCCAUUUUCGAGGACGACCCCGUAUUAAACCCUCUCUACGAUGCCAACCGAAACGCCAAGCACCGUGUGCCGGGGACGGUUUUAGACCUCAACUACCACGGCAAGGACGACAAUACCAAGGACGACGACACAAUAAUCCGGCAUAAUCUCGUCACCAUGAACUCGCAAAUGCUGUCUAUUUCAAGCACAGACUGGUGCUCAUUCUUCGGUCAUCCUUACCGCGCUGGAUACCAACCAAACCCCGGUGCUGGCAAUAUUGAGAAAAUCCCUCACAAUACCGUCCACAAUUGGACUGGUACGGACUCAAGUUUGCCACCAAACACUGGGGAGGACAUGGGAGUCUUCUACUCUGCGGGUCGAGAUCCCAUCUUCUUCGCACACCAUGCCAACGUGGACCGCAUGUGGUACUUGUGGAAGAACAACUUUGGGGGACAGGACAUAGAAGACACUGAUUGGCUUGACAGCUCGUUUCUGUUCUACGACGAGAAGCAGCGCCUCGUUCGUGUUACGGUCCGGGAUUCCCUGGACACGACCUUGCUUGGGUACGACUACGAAUACGCUGAUAUUCCAUGGAUUGACCCCGCCUACAAGCCCACCCCUCGCUUUCCAGCCAACAAGACAGAACCGCAGGUUUCCUUUGCUGAGCUUUCCACCAAGUUCCCAGCCACCUUGGACUCCACCAUCAGUGUUGAAGUGGCCAGGCCGGAGGAGGUCAGAAACCGGAGCGAAGUGGAGAAGGCGAAACAAGAGGAGGUGCUGGUGAUCCGUGGGAUUGAGUUCCCGGCGAAUGUGCCCGUCAAGUUUGAUGUGUAUGUGAAUGAUGAUGCCGACUCGCCCAGCGGGCCGGACAAGUCCGAGUUUGCCGGUAGCUUUGUGCACGUGCGGCACAGGCACGACCAUAUUAUAAAGACCAAUCUGACGUUAGGGAUCACGAGGUUGUUGGAGGACUUGGGAGCCUCAAAGGACGGCAGUGUGGUGGUGACCUUGGUGCCAAGGAACGGGGAAGGAAAAAUAACCAUUGGUGGAUUCUCCAUCGAGCUUUCUUCUUGCGUCUGACUGAUGAUAUCAUGCUUGCAAUCUUGGGAAGUGAGCGGCGCUGCAUGCAAUAACUUUGUUUGCUUUCGUUUCUGCUUGUGAUUUAGUUUCCGUUUCGUCUAUGAAUUGACCAUGCGUCAAUCGAGACCACGUACCCCCACUCGAUGCUUACGUGGGAUGUUCGUCAAUAAAACUUAUGCAUGUUCAUGGGUGUGUUUAAAAUGAUUUCGCCUUUUAAUUUCUACUUUUUCCAAGCAGAGUCUAACCAAUGCAUUGCCCGCAUAAGUUGUCUGCCUGCUGUUGGACCACAAUUUUUUGCAGCUAUACAAGUUUGCAUUGAGUACCAAUUAAUCAUUCAUAACUCAUGAAUAUAAUUAUUUUACAAAAUUAGGACUGAAAUUACAUUAUGAAAGUAUAUAAAAAUAGUCAGCCUCCCUCUAGAGACUAGCUAGAAAUUCUGAAAAUUAAACUAGAGAACGAAACAACGUUUGGUCCCCACGGAGAGACGGAGCAUUCAUUAUUAGUAAAAUUUAAAGUCAGCAACGAAUCCAAAAGGAAGGUGAAAAAAAAAAAAAAAAAACUAUUCGUU